AUGAGCACUUGUUCACAGGUAGAAGGGUCAUCAGCUGUUUCCUCUUCCACAGGGACCCACAGUCUUCACUAUAACCUCACAGUGAGGUCCCGAGGUGGAUCAGUGCAAUCAAGGUUCUUUGCCAAUGGUUAUUGGGACCGUCAGCUCUUCCUUCACUUUGAUAGUGACAAAAAAGAAAGUGCAAAGCCCCAGGGGCCAUGGGCAGAAAAACCUUUGGGAACUGAGAGCUGGGACACAGAGAUCCAGGAGUUGGCAGAGCACAGCAAGAAUCUAAAAGCAACCCUGGCAGAUAUCAAUGCCUGGCAGGAGCAGAAAGGAGGGUCUCAUUUCCUCCAGGAGACUUGGGGCUGCAAGAUUCACAAGGACAACUGCACCAGGGCCUUCUGGAAUUUCUACUACGAUGGGGAGCCCUUCCUGUCCUAUCAUCCAGAGACACGCAGCUGGACAGUGGAGCCAUCCUCAGCUCAGAACUUGGCUAUGGAAGUCAAGAAUUCCUGGGAUGCAGAUGGCAUACAAAGCAAGGAUUACUGGGCCCAAGUGCAGGGAGAGCUUUGUGGAAGACUCAGGAGAUAUCUAGUCUUCUGGAAGGGCUCCUCCUACUCCCCUGGAGCCUCUGCCCAGAGGACCUUGUUGUUUCCAGCAGUGAAUGUGACCUGUGCUGAGGCCCUGGAGGACACCAUCAAUGUGACAUGUUGGGCUUUUGGCUUCUAUCCCCAGAAUAUCUCUGUGACCUGGCUUCAGGAUGGGGAACCCCUGAGCCAGGGCACCCAGCAGUCUGGUGGUAUCUUUUCCUAUGAGAAUGGGACCUACCAGACCUGGGUGUCUACCAGGAUUCCCCAAGGACUGGAGCAGGGGUUCAGCUGCCAUGUGGGACACAGUGGGAACAACAGCACUGGCCUUGUGUCCUGUGGGACUGCACUGCAGCUUCCGAGCCAAUGGGCUGCCUUCCUGGGUGUGGCUGCUGCUGCUGUUGCUGUGAUUAUGAUUAUUGUUUGUGUCUGCUCCUGCAAGAAAAGGAAGACAAAAUCUACUGCAGAAGGUUCAGAGCCCCUGAGCCUAUAUAACCUGGAUCAGCAGCAGAGGACACCAAGUGACUACACUGGAUCCACACUGCUGGGGUGUCAACCUUUGCUGAGAGCUCCUGGGGCUACGGGGGGAGCUUACACUUGGUAG